AUGAACAUGAAUCCCUAUCACGUCCACGUCUAUCCCUACCGUCCAGUACCUCCACCACGAGUUCAUCCAACUCCCAACAAUAUCCGCGACUAUUACGCAUUUCCUCAAAACCGCCUCCCACCUCUUCGAAUCGUAUACGGUAAUAAUCAAUCGAAUGAAGUUGUACGAAGACACCCCAUGAGUGUGGGUAGAACCAUGGAACCCAAUGCGAGAAUUAGUGGGCCAUAUGAUAGUCCUUAUGUUCGAUAUGUUACUUAUCGUAGAAUGGGAUGGGGUCCGUAG